CAUAAAAAACAUAAGGAGCGGAUCACAUUACGUUGGGUCAAAUAACUUGCAACAAAGCUAUAUACUAUUCUUUUAUAUUUUUAGGCACUUGUACGAAAGAUUAUUAUACGUCGAUAGAAACUUCAUAUUCUUCAUAUAACCAAUCUGGAAGAUAUGAUGGCGGCGAAAUGAAAUAAUUAAUUAUUGUUCUUUUACCGAUUUUAAUCUUUCGUUGCUUUUGCAACAUAAGUGCUCUGUUCCUUAUGCAUUAAUUUGAGUUUGAAUCGAAUCUUACAAUGGAUCCCAUGGAUCGUGUUGUGAUAAGUUCUCAUCAUACUCAACUUUUACUUUUACAGUGACUAUAUUUGGAAUAGAUGAAUAUUUACAUUCUUAUUUAUAAUAAAACGCUUAUUGAAGGUAUAAACCUCCGAUAGUUAAUAAACGAACUAUAAGCCUAUCGAACGUUCUAUAAAAUUUCUUAUUUAUAAUCGUUUGAUAAAGCUUAAAAUAAAACGCCUUUAUCGUUUACAAUGUUGCCAUUUCGUAGAAAAAUACCAAAUUUUGUCUCUGACAACAGACAAGCAAAAUAACUUGUGAGAUUAUUGUAAUUUUUAAGCAUGAAUCAAGCUUCAAAAAAACGCCAACGGGGUGAAAACUGGCUUGAGGAAGACAAAAUUAAAUUAACAGAAUUAGUGAGGCAGCGGGUUAGUGUCCUCGAAAAUAAAAAUACAGACACUAACUCCAAUGUCAGGAAGGUGGCUGCGUGGAAUAGCUUGAGAGAGAGUUUUAAUCUUAUAUGUAAGGGUUCCCCACGCACAGUAACACAGCUGAAGGCACAAUGGGGUAUUUUAAAAAUGAAGGCAAAACGAACAAAACCCGAAGAGACGAAGGAGCUAUUUGAUACUGGUGGCAGCACACCACCAAUGAAACAAGAAGUCAGUAGCAAAGACAUUAACAGCUGGCUGCCUAGUGAUAUUGUUAUCGGCACUAAUGAAUUUGAUUCAGAUUCUAUAAAUCAGGACAAAUCUUCAGAGCACUCCAUCUCCACACACACAAAUGACAAUAUUAUUAUUGAAGAGAUUACAGUUGUGGAGCCUCCAAAACCAUCUCCAGUGGCUUUAGACGAACAGCCAAAAAAACAAACUAAAAUAAAAAAAAAAGUACCUAAAAUCUGUCGCACACCUGCGGAACAAAUAGCUCAUUUCGAAAUACAGUGCAGGAAAGAGCUGCAUUCUAUACAAAUGGCAAAUGAAAGACAGAAAAACAAAAAUUUAGUAUUAAAAGAAAUGUUACUUAAAAAAAAAAUUAAAUAUUUUAUAUCAAAAAAUGAUGAGUACUAAAC